GCUAGUGUUGGUAAGCAGAAAAUUGACCAGUUCGUUUAUUUUGCUUUGUCCGCCCAAAAGGAAACUUGCUACAAGGACUGCACUUCAAAGUUGACUUUAUUAUGAGCCAGAAUCAUGCUCAGUUACAUUAGAGAUGCAAUCAUGGCCCCAACGACUCGCAGCUGUUCGAAUAACAACAGAAAUAGCGAGACAGCAGGAGGAGCUCUAAAGGAUGUGAACUCAUCUGAAUCCAAGGAAGCACUAGAUGCUCCAAUGCGUGGUUACAAGGUUACUGAUAAUGAAAGAACAAGGAAAUACGGCAUUGGAGCCAAUUCCCUGGAUAUGCUGAUAAGCAAAGCAAGCAAUAAAUUUCCGCUACUUGAGCUGCAUUUGUAUUUGGCUUCUGAUGGUUUCGAGGUGUCCGAUGAUGAGUACUUAAACAGUCUGCCCUCCCAGACACUCUUUAUCGUGGCUGGACCAGAUGCAGUUAUAACUACAGAUGCUGACUUUGAGUUUGAAAAAAUACGACAGCAAUCGCCACUGCUUAAAGUGGCUGACAUAUUCUACGACUUUAUCGAACAGCAUCCCGAGAAGUUUCGUCGUAUGAUAACAGAAUACGAGCACCAGAAGCACCGACUCGUUCUGGACAACACCAAAGCGCACCUUAGCCUAAAGGCCGAGCACUUGGAGUGGUUUGAGGGCGGGGAGGAGCGGUUCCAGUCCAAGGAGGAGGCCAUGGCCAUGCGAGCUCAGACACGUGUACGCGGCUACUAUUAUAAGGCCAAGGACGAGCUAACCCGAAAUCCUCUUUACCGCCAGAAUGCCAAGGCUCGGCAAGUGAUAAACUCUAUACUGGAGCAAUUUCGAUACUUGCUUAUCGGAUGUGACUAUUUCUCCAUGAUGUUCAACAGAAAGUGCCAGCAAAAACAUGAAUUCCUUCAGCAGCACCUGAGUGAAGAGGAAACAGACGCUGUCAGUCUGCCUAGCAAAAGAUUGAGGCAGGUGAUUAAGGAGUACACUAAAGAGAAUUGCAUACUAGAUGAAUGGUCCGUUUCCUUGUGCUCUGACUUUGGUGACUUCUAUUGCCAGGGUGCCUACUCGGAAAAUGGCAACUGUUGCUCCAUGCAGCAUACCAUCAAUCCGUAUGCAUCCCGUGAGAAUCUGAUUUUGUUUCAGGUCUGGAAUCUGGACCACCAAAUUGAGCUGUGCCGCACGAUUCUUCCUGCACUGGUGGCUAAUGUAGAGGACCUUGUUUCCCAUCCGCAGCGCAAGUGCUCGUUGCACAAUAAGAAAGUGGUCGACAUUUCGGUACUCGAGUACUUUUUAGAAAUAUUUUCUCUGAAGAAUCUUAAACUUGUUCAUAUAGUUUGCCAUGAGAAGGUGCAGCGCUCAAACCGAUCAAACGGUCGUCUGCUGUGCACCGACUGUCAUGAGUACCGGAUUGUGCAAGAGCUUAUGAAAGUACAGGUGGAUACCCCAACUUCUUAGGCGGUUUUUUUGAAUAAUUUAAAACCAAUUACCUUGACAAGCAAUAUUGUAAACAAUAACUUUAAAAAUCGUUGACUUUUCACUAUUCUUCUGUAUCUCUUAGUUUUAGUCUUUUUUUUAAUACAGAUCUCAAAUGAGAUAAGUUGUACAAAUGAAAAAUAUCUCCAAGUUAACUAUCAAACAGUACUGUUGAAAGUAUUUACAUAUUAAAUACGUAAACUAUUAACAUA